GCUGGCUGAACGCAGCUCGGCAGUAGCGUCGCGGCGGCCGGAGCUGGCAGGCGGCUGUUUUCGUUUUCGAUUGCAAGCAGCGGUCAAUGGAGUAUAAAACCCGCCAGGACUCGAGGUGGUGGGACUGACUUGUCCAAAAGGGAGCGCCUCUUCCAUUCCCUGCCCCAGGCCUGCGAGAAUGAAGUACAAGAAUCUUAUGGCAAGAGCUCUCUACGAUAAUGUUCCAGAAUGUGCAGAGGAGUUGGCUUUCCGCAAAGGCGACAUUUUGACCGUGAUAGAACAGAACACGGAAGGGCUGGAAGGAUGGUGGCUUUGCUCCUUACAUGGGCGGCAAGGCAUUGUUCCGGGCAACCGUGUGAAACUUCUCAUCGGCCCUGUGCAGGAGAGCCCCUCUAACCAAGACAUGGCCAGUUCGGGAUCUGUACACCAACCCUUUAACCAGCCAAAGAUCUACCAAGUGCCUAGUGCUCAUGCUCCUCCUCGGGAUCCGGUCUACCAAGUGCCUCCUUCUUACCACAGCCAGGGGAUCUACCAGGUGCCCACCGGCCAUGGUCUUCAGGGCCAAGAUGUCUACCAAGUGCCUCCAUCUGGUCAAAGGAGUUUUGGCGGAAUGGAUACCUCCCCUAUAAGCAACAAGGUAGUAACUCCAGUCAGGUCAGGACAAGGUUAUGUUUAUGAGUUCCCUACCAAAUACCAGAAGGAUACCUAUGACAUCCCACCGAUUCGUCCUCUCCAAGGGAUUUACGACGUCCCCCCUGCAUCAUUUAAAGGCCCCCCACACGCCGCCCAGAUGGGGAAUGGGGAACCUCAAGGCGUCUACGAUGUGCCUCCUGCAAAAGGCAUCUACUCAGUCCCACCUUUGGAGUGCAGAGAUGCUGCAGAUCCCAGGGAGCGCUCGCCCGACUCGGCCGCUUGCAUGAAGCACGAGGCAAGGCCAGAAGGUGUGUACGACAUCCCACCUCCCAUGGCCAAAGGAGCUGCAAAGGAAACCGGGCAGAAAUGUGUUUGCAGCCCGCCUGCCCCUUCCGACCUCCCUCCCCACCAGCAAGGCCUGUACGACGUCCCAGUGAGCCACCAAACCCCGUUUGCUGGGCAGCAGAUAGCUCCCCAGAUGGAUGUCUAUGACACCCCCAGAGGAGUCCCGUUCCCCGGACAGCUCUUGGGAUUUGGGGAUGGUGAAACCAAAGAGGGUGUGUACGAUGUGCCUCCGCUGGUGACACAGGACACUAAAAGGCUGCAGGACGUGACGGACGGGAUGAACAGGCUGUCCUUUUCUAGUACGGGGAGCACCAGGAGCAACAUGUCCACCUCUUCCACAACGUCAAAAGAAUCGUCCUUUUCAGCCACCCCAGAAAAGGACAAGAGAUUAGCGCUAGAUCCCGACGCAGCCAUAGAGAGACUCUACAGGCACCAGAGCACGGUAGAGACCACUGUCUCCAGCUUAAUGGCCUUUGUCAACUCCGACUGGCGGUCUUAUGAGUACAUGGAGAAGCACAUCAACAAGAUCCACGCGGCCGUCGAGAAGGUGGAGCAGUCCCUGGUCGACUACCUUCAUUUUGCCAAAGGAGCUGCGGCCAACGCCUCCUUCCUCCCUGAGCUCAGCCUCUACCACAAGAUGAGGAGGGAGCUGCAGAGGCUGGAAGAUUCGCACCAGAUUUUAACCCAGACUAGCCACGACCUCAGCAGCUGCAGCUGGUCCUUGAACGUCCUGGCUGUCAACAAGGUCCAGAACAAAUGCGACGAUCUGGACCGCUUUGUGAUGGUGGCGAGGACGAUCCCGGACGAUGCGAAGCAGCUCACCACCAGCAUCGGCCUCAACGCCGAGGUGCUCUUCAAGCAAGGGCUGAGUGGCUCUUAUUUGAAGAAUGCGUCGGAGAUUGCAGAUUACGUGUAUGACAGCCCUCAGGCCCAGACGCUGCACCCUGGAGAGAAGAGCCAGGGCCAUUGUUCUUCUUUGUCACCACUCCUUUCCAAAGACCAGCAUUGCCAGUGCAGCAGCAGCAGCAGCGAUGGCUCGGAGAAGAGCUGGAUGGAUGACUACGACUACGUGCACUUGCAGGGGAAGGAAGAGUUUGAAAGGCAACAGAAAGAGCUUCUAGAGAAGGAAAAUAUAAUCAAGCAGAACAAGAUGCAGCUGGAGCAUCACCAGCUGAAUCAGUUCCAGUGGCUGGAACAAGAAAUUACGAAGCCCGUGGAAAACGACAUUUCGAAAUGGAAGGCACCUCAAGGCCUUCACCCUGUGAACAGCCCAAUGGCCUCUCAGGAAAGGCAGCUGCUUUUGUUUUAUGCGGACCAGUGUGAGACUCACUUCAUCUCCCUUUUAAACGCCAUCGAUGCAUUCUUCAGCUGCAUUAGUGCCGCGCAGCCACCGAGGAUCUUUGUUGCGCAUAGCAAGUUCGUCAUCUUAAGUGCUCACAAGCUGGUGUUCAUUGGGGACACCCUCACUAGGCAGUUGACCACUCAGGAAAUACGCAACAGUAUAAUGAACUCCAGCAACCAGCUUUGCGAAUUGCUUAAAAGCAUCGUCAUGUCCACUAAGGUGGCUGCCCUGAAUUAUCCCAGCACAGCAUCCUUGCAAGACAUGGUGGACCGGGUGACAGAACUCUCCCAUUACGCGCAGUCAUUCAAACGCUCUUUGGUACAUAUGGCAUCAUACUGAGGCACACAAAAUGGACAGAAUCCAAUGCAGAAUAAUGCCUUUAAAAAUAAAAGAACUGGAAAUGUUUUCUAUAUUAUGUACAAAAAUGAAACUUGAGCAUUUAAUUUUAUUUUUUUCUAGACGUUUUAUACUAAAUAUUUUAAAUUCAUUUUAUGGAUUAGAAAUUAUAAAGGGUUUCGGCAAUCUCAGCCUGUUUCUUUUAUCAUUUUAAAUACAGUAUACAUAUAUAAAUAUAAAGUGAUACUCUGCAUGUAUGUAUAUGUUGCGACAUUCCAUAAAGUUCAUUAAGUAAGCACCUUAACAAAAGCAUCCGUCAGUUUUAUGGUGUAUAUGUGGCCUGGGUUUUUCAGGAUAUCCAUGAACCAGAUACUAUUUUUGCCUCUUGGGGGCUAUAGUGUAUAUUGUAUUUUAUUGUAGCCUAAUUAUGUCUUGGCAUAGGUUGCUACUAAAUAAAUGAUGCCCUCUUACACUGAA